UCUGCAUGCUAAUUUGCUUCUCAAACUAUCAAAAAAAUAACAUGCUGAUGUUGAUAAAUAUUAUAUAAGGGAGGCUUUGCUGCAAAGGCUUAGCCAGACUCAAGAAAUAUCAUCAAAUGGACACACAUGCACUACAUUAUUAUCUGAGUUUUCUCCUCCUUUUGUAUCAUAAUUUACCAAGUUAUGGCAUAGAGUCACCCCAAUAUAUAGUUGUACUAUCUGCACCAGAUGUAGAGAUCAGACUCUACAAUGAAUCCAUAUGGAUUUCUGCUCUUGUUCAAGCUUCGAAUUCCUUCGAAGAGUCUACCGAAGAUGGCUUCCACAGGCUGUACCAGUACAUUCAUGGGGCUAAUGCAAACUCGUCGCAGCUGAAGAAAACUGCUCCUAUAUUAACAAGCAUCAGCCAGACUGCAGUUAACAGUUCUAUCCAUUAUGUGAAGUUCUACUUAUCGCGACAAGUAGGAGCUGUGCCACAGCCUAGUCCUGAACUGAAUCUGCAGGUCGAGAUGUGGAGAAGCCACUGUAUUGCAGUGAGGAGAUUUUCAGGGUUUGCAAAAGAUGGAAACAUUGAUAAAGAGAAACUUGGCCUUAUCAGUAGCUUGGACAAACUCUCAAGCAGUGCAAAGAGCAAAAAUAUUGUGGUUUUCGAAGAUAAGAGUGCUUACGCUGUUGCACAGUAUAAUGCUUCGUUUCAUCUUUCUGGCCGUAUCAAUGAAGUGUGGAUGAAUGUUUCAGCUGAAGGAUGUCCUCUGUAUUAGAAUAUCAGUGAAAAGGAAAAUAUGAUGAUCAAUAGGCAUAUUACUCUGCGUAUGACUAUAUUUUGACAUGAAUUCUCAACUUUCAUGGAGUUGCAUAUACAACAGACAAUUCUAGCACACAACACAGUAACCAAA